AUGCCAGAGAUUGAAUACAACAACUUACUCUACCAGAUAAGCAAGAGACUUGAUGACAUGAAUGUGGGCGAACAGUUACUUGUUAUGUGCAGAGGGAAGGUGACAGCUCGCAGCGGCGAAGAAUUUCAAACCUUCUCGUUGUUUGAAGAAUUAGAACAGAAAGGACAUUUGAGUCCCGAUCAUCUGGUGUUAUUGAAAGGCAUGUUGAAAGGAGUUAACGAAUGGACUCUUUUUGACGAAGUUGAAAAGUUUGAGACCAAGAGAAAGGAAUACAACAACUUGCUUGAGCAAAUCGUUCGAGUGCUCGACGAGUUAAAUGAACUGGAACGACUCGUCUCGAUUUGCGGAGAAAAGAUUACAGAAGAGAGUCAAGGCAACGUUCAUGAUGUCCGAUCUUUGUUUAAGGAGCUAGAAGGCAACGACUGGCUGGGAAUUGAUUGCCUCGACACUGUGAAGGAAAUUUUGACCCAGAUGGAGAAAAAUGAGCUGCUCAAGGAAGUAGAAGAAUUCGAGCUUCGCAGAAGUAGUGAAAACAAGUUUAGAAAACGCAAAGGUAUAUUUCCACAUGUAUACGGCUCACAUUUCUAGCCUUGCUUCUCAAAACUUAAUUUAAACAUUUGUCUGACUUAACUCUGUUUUUUUUAUUGUUUCAGCGCAAGCAGCUUCUUUUGUGUCAUCAGUUAGAGACAAAGUGGCUGGAGGUAAGAUACGUUUUAUAGUCUCGCACGUGCUUGUAGGACUGAGUUUGCUCACAUUCAUGUUUGAGUAAAUUUCUAGUCACUAGAAAAUCUUAAAUACAUAGUGUAGCCAAGUUAUUAUUAUUAUUAUUAUUAUUAUUAUUAUUAUUAUUAUUUCUUUUUUUGAAUUUAUUUAUUUAUUUUUUUAUGACAGUCUUUGCUGGUGUUCUUUUUGUUCAUCAGCCGGAGGCAAACCAUGCACCUAAAGCAUCAGUCAGUCAAGUCAAUCAUUCUAUUCAUACACUGAGCACCUUUCUGAGGAUUCGUGCAGAUCCCAGCAUGCAGAUCUUUUGAAUCUCUGUCAUAGUAGCUCUCUCUGAUACUUUCUUGAUGUUUUCUACCAUACCCUGUAUUAUUAUUAUUAUUAUUUUUAUUAUUAUCAUUUUACAACAAUUCUCUUUCGUAGACAAGAAAAAUGUACAUAGGGUAUAUAUUUUAAUAUUUCAUAUUCUUGAAUCUGUAAAUAGUCUAUUUUUUUUAAAUCUAUGAAUAAAGUUUUGUUUUAUUAUUUUUAUUAUUAUUAUUAUUAUUAUUAUUAUUAUUAUUAUUAUUAUUUUCUUCAAUUCCUUUUACUCAAUUUCAGCGCUAGAUAAGGGAAUGAUUUGCCAGGGACUGAUAGUUAAGGUCAACAGGUCGCAGGAUCACUUAUUUCCUUCAGAUCAAGCAGCCGUUGCGACCGCAUUUAAAAGGAAAUACAGUAGAACAGUUUUGACUCUAGUGAAAACGACAGACAGAAUCGGAAGUCUCUACGGAAAAAAAACAAGUUCAGCUCACAUGGUUACAAAAAAUAUUUAAUUAAAUUAAAAAGGGCUAAUCUGACCCCUUGCAACGAAAAUGUUAAACGGCGUGUUAAUCCAAAAUCAAUACUCGAUACUCGAUAGGGAAAUACAGCUUACCUACCACCUGCUUUUGUCGAAUUUGGAGGCUUAUUUAUGUUUCCAUCGGACAGAGCUGAACAACGUCUGCGCAAAUGCAGAGACGGGAAUGUAUUGUUAUUUUUCUGUAAUCCGAUUGGUCAACUUUUUUAGAUCGCCCCAGUUAUAUUAUUCGCACUGUAAAUCUUCCACGACGAGGAUUUCCAGAAACUUGUUGAAUCUGGAAAUAUUGUGCUUGCAGCUCUCUGUUAUUUGCCUCGGAAAUACGACGCGAUUGACCAACAGCAAACACCCUCAUGAAUAAAACAUGAAAGUGCACCAUCGAAGUCGGUGACAAACAGGUUGUAACCAAUUCUGUUGCCUGGAAACCCAAAACGUACUAUGACGUCACGCUGUCUGGCGCCUUUUAGAGUUUGUUUAUGCUUUGUUGCUAGGUAACUGCGGCUACCAAGAAGACAUAUACAUACUCAACUCGUGAUUCUGUCUCGUUAAGCGAUCACGCGGGUUCCACGCGUGAUGCCAUUUCAACAAAAUUAUAAACUCGCCUUCGAAAGGAAUAAAAUGAUUAUUCUAAGGGUAGACUCAUUUGUAGCAUAUGCGUAUAACUAACCACUGUAUGGCAGGAAUCGAAAGGGAAAGGGGGAGGGAAAAACGGAGAGGGGACUGGGGAGAGAAGUAAAGGACCUCCCCCCCCGCCCCCUCUUUUUCCUUGACGCUUUUCUCCCCACUACCCCUCCCUUUUUUGCUCCUUCCACGCCAUGACUUUUGCCGGCUGGAAAGUUAUUUUGCUUGGUGUGUCAGUUAAGAACCUCUGAAAAUGGCCUAUUCAGGGUGGGGAUUACUCAAUAUUCUAAAAUCUGCGAGAGCACUUUAUGUAGCCCGCGAGGUAGGCGCUCAACAGGGAAGGGGUAAGCGGGACAUCGAGCGCGCAAGACUCAAACACCUUCUGUUAUUCCUUUUGUGCACCCUUGAUUUGUCCAAAUUUCUCUCUUUCGUGCUCAACUUUUCUCAACGCCUCCGCCAGUUAUCUCACAGCCUCAAGAAAGCUAACGUCAGUGGUAAUUGUUCUGUUGUCUUUAUUUUAGUCCUGAACAUUAAGACUGUGUUCAAAGCGGUCAAUGUGGGCUUUAAAAUUGCUUCCAGCUUAGCGCUUUUGCUACGUGACUCAACAUAUGAUCAGCUCGUUGCUGCCGUUAAUAACAGUGUUCUGCCUGCUGGGGCCAAUCUGAUUCAAAUUUCCGAGGGAUGCGUGAGUCUCAAAGUUCAAGUAGUGAAUCUUUCAGCUCUUGAGACUUUGUGGCGUUUGUACCAAGAUGGAACACUGGAAGCAAGUCUGCAAGCUUUAUUUGUUACUGACGAAAUGCGAGAACUUGCUGGCGGAGAGCAGGUUCAAGCCAUUGUGACUAUUGAGCCUCAAGAAUAUGAGAAAGCCCGGAAUGAGCUGGCUGCUUUCGAAGCACAAGGUAAAGGAUGGAUUUAUUUGUCUUUGAACGAGCCUUAGGAAAAUCGGUUCUUGAUAAAAUUAUCGUUCUAGGAUUACUAGACAUUCAGGUAGUCACAGAAUCGAAAUCUCAAAGAUCUUCUGUUGAAGGAAAGGGAAGAACCGAGGAGCGGAUCUAGUUGAAUUUCUGUUCUUGAUCUAGAGCCUGAGAAAUCUGAAAAAUAAAUUGGAUGAAGGGGGCGGGGGAGAGGGGUUGGUUGGACGCGGCUUUCUCGUCCCUUCCCCAAAUAGGGAAAGGCCGGGGUCUGAAAUUUGAUACGUUUAUCUGCAUUGGUCCCAUGAGUGCCGUGUUUCAGGUCUUAACAGGGGCACCCAACGACUGUUUCACUCCCCAGGCUAAGCUAUUUUUCGUAGAAAAAGAAAUCCUAAAAUUUUCGGAUUCGAAAAUUUCAUGAAGAGAGGAAUGAGAAAAAUUCUUACUUUCGCAAACCUUUAAAUUUCAUCUUAAAUUUUCGGGAAAAUAGUACUCAAGCCCUUGCAAUUUCGAAAAUACUCAAGUUGCCCUAGGAUGACCGAACAGAUACAAAUUUUAUAGCGCCGCUUAAAAUACAUUUCUAGAGAUCUAAAAAUACUUUGGAUAGCCUUAAUAGUGUCUUCAAUACGUUUAGGAAGAAACCGUCGUUGGGUGCCCCUGUCUUUAAAAAUAGGCCAGGUAGAGAAAAUCACUUGGUAGGCAUUUCAGGAAGUAUUUCGCACGUGCACAACACGACGCGCGACCAGAUUUUUCGAGGAGUACUCCGCCUGAAUCGUUCACGACUUGUCAUCUUUUAAAUGCUACAACUCGGAGUUUCAAUUUGAAAGUAAGUGCUGGCGUCAGAGCUGGAAGAUAAUACGGAGAAUACAGUUUCAAAACACAAAUAAAUAAAGUGAUUCGCCCAUGGAAAUGAUUUAACGGUUAAGUGAUGAAACCCGAGGAAGACAGAAUAUUUUUUAUGUGUUUGCAUGCUCUACGUAUAGAGUACUAUGUCAAAAAUUUUUCCGAUUAGCGAAUGGAGGUGCGUAGAUAUCGACGCAUGGAUAUUAACGGGUUUAAUGUGGUGCUCGAGAAGUUGUGACUUAGGUACGGACCAUUAGAAAAGUAAUGGGGAGGGGGGAGGGGAAUUUUCGAGCCGCAGGAAUUUUUUUCGUUAUCCAAUUCCUUGUAUGAAUUUUUUUUAGGCCAUAGUAUGAAUAUUUCUUAGGGUUAAUUGGCGUGCAUGAAUUUUUUUUCUUUUAAUUUUCCCUUGCGCGAAUAUUUUUUUUGUACUUCGCCCCCCCCCCGCUAAGUUUUCUAAUGGUCCGUCCCUUAAAGGUUUAACAAAAACAAUUGGACCCGACUAUAGUCUGCGUAGCAGGCGCUUGCCAACACAACAGUCAAAUAAUUUUACAGUUUACAGUCAGCCAGGGGUUAGAAGCUUUUCUUUCGCAGUGCCGUAGCAUGGGAAGGGGCCGAGGGGGUUUGCCCCCAAUGACUUUGACAUGCACCUUUAAUUUGGUCAGCGCCCACGCUCUUCACGCUGCUCUUCGGUUCAAUGUUUUCAUUUCGGUUCAAUUCGGCGUUCGUGAUUGCCGCUCAGCCCCCACCCCCCCAAAUAAAUCUAACCUUCAAUAACCUAGCACUGUUUCGCCUCAACGGAGUGACUCACGGUCAAAUUAUCACCUGAACUAAAACUCUGACGGGCAGAGAUUUUCAGACAUAAAGAUCAAAUUUAACGGGUCAACGGGCGAAGAACACUAUGCAUGUGGUACUGAAGUCGCUUCAGUAGAUAGUGGGGAAGACGCGAAAGUGAAACUCCCGUUUUAUUUUCAUGUUCGCUCCUUCUCAAUCCCCGCGGACCCGACUAUCUCGGAGCCUGCAACAGGCUAACACAAAGAUAGUUUGCCUCGCACCUUUUCUCUCUUUUCUCCUGAGACCAGCAAGCAAAAGUCGGCAGUUUACUCCUCGUGCGCGUGCCUCUGAUCUUACAUGCGACAAUAUCAUCCGACAAAUUUUUGCUUUUUCCUGCUAAAAAAUGUAGAGAAUAGCGUAUAUAGGGCUCGCCAGCCAUUUGUGAGCUUUUUAAGUUGAUUGAAGGAGCUGGAGAUACUCGCGAUAUGAUCUGAUGUGAUUUAAAAUCCCAGAAUCCUAUUUAUAAAGAAUUUAACCUGUUAACAAGAUUUAAUGGCGAAUAAAGUCAUGACGUCAAUAUCAACUCAUACAAUUACUCCAAGGCUUUUUUUUAACGCCUUCUUUUCUUGCUUCUUUAUUAUAUUAGUCUCGCUUGCGUAAGCAGCAAGACUCAUAAUCUUCAAGCCGUUUUCCUUCUUCGUAUUUAGGACACAAAAGGGCGGUUGGCGUCCCAGGCGUUCCUAGCGGAGACCGUGGAAACUCGGAAUAAGAAUCGUUGCGUGACCGAAGCCACUCAUGUUUCACUGGUGUUUUGCAAAGAAAGCUUAGGAAACCUUAAUAAAUGCGAUUUAGAGCUUUUUCGGAACGGGUCGGUCCACAAAUUCUAUCGCUUGAAAGAGUUGAUAACUUUGGAACAAGUGAACACUCCAGUGGUCGAAAAAAAAAAAAGAAGAAGAAUCUUAAUUAGCAAAGGCUAACUGGUGGGGUGUUGUAAACUUUUAUUGUAUGCAAAUGAGUCUUGUGAUGAGCAUACUGUUUAUUUUCGGCGAUGAUUGAAAUGACGUGCCAUAUUCUCAUCACGAUGCCCUUGAAUUUUCGUGUAAUUAUACACGCGUAUGAAGCCUGCGACCGCAGACGUAUCUCCGGUCGUCGCUAAAACGCGUACUAAAUCAAUUCAAAAACAAAUCGUCGGAUAGGAUAGAAAAAGUAAAUAUCCUGAAGAAUACUCGAUCGUCGAUAAAGAAGGAAGUGAAAGACCUUUAGCGAGUAAAUCCUGUUUCGUCUAGAAUUAAUCGCCUUAAGAGCGUUCUUGUUUUCUUUAUUUCAAUUUCAGAAGACCCUGAUCAUGAAGGAAAAGAGAUGAAGCGACCUAAGUAUUUAGAUCAAGAGAAGUUCUCCUAUGUUCAGAAUUAUUUAGAAAAGUCAGAGGCGCACAGCGUGACGACAGAACCAAGCGACAGUGGAUUGCCGCGAUCACAUGGUACUCUGUCUGAGCUUGGAAUGCAAGAAAUCAGCGGUAAGAUAAAAAUUAUACCUAUUAACUUGUGAGGGUAAAUUCUUUUCGUUUCCGGCAUCUAGCGCGCUGCCUUGUUCUUCCUGGAUUGCGUGUUUUCUUUUGUCACAAACUCAAGCGCAGGACCCUUAACAUCGGAUACUUGCUCUUCAGUCUGCUGGUAUGUUCGUGUGGAUUUAAUCUGUUGACUACGGUUGCGUAAAUCCAAUUCCACUUUAUUAAGUUGGCUGAACCCCCGGGCAGAACCAGCUGAGUGUCCGUUAAGCAUACAGCUAUUUCGAGAAAAGUUGUCGGAAAAAAUGUACACUCGACAAUCCCGAAAGGUAAUAUGGGAUACGAUCAAUUCACUGUUCCUGACACUGUAGCUGUCCAACCUACUUUAAUCUGUUACCUUCCUUUAGCACUCGCAAACAUACGUCCAUGGCCUCUGGCAUUCUCGCAAAUUUCUCUGAAGAACAGUGAACUCAAAACCACCACAAUACCUUUCGGGAUUGUCGCGUGCACUUUUUCCGACAACCUUUCUCGAAAUAGCUGUAGUCGAACUUGUCCUUUUGUACACCAAAACAACUUGGACAGUUCUUUUGGUCUUAAAGAUAGAAAACUUCACACAUUCCCUGACACCGUAACAAGGACACCGCUGUAAUGCCAACACACUUGGCCGCUUUGCCCGUUUAGUGUCCGUAUCAGUUAACGAGGUUUAAUUGUAAGGUCUAACUGCUGAAGACGAUUUUCUUACUAGCCCUAUUGUGUAGUUGAAUGAGUGUGUUGUUUUCCUUCUUUGUUGUAGCUAUUGAGUCUCGUAGAGAGUAAUUGCGAGCAGUUGGCAUUCACUAAUAAACCUUGAAAAUGGACUAGACUGCCGCGACGCACUCUUUUAAGAAAAAUUUCAAACGAUGCGGUAUUUAAAUUCUGAGAAUGUCUCAGAUAAAUAUUGGCAGCAAUAAAAUUAGCCACGCUAAACCGUCCGGUGCCUGAACACAUACAGGGUCAUGCUAAGUCAACCCUUGUUUUUUCAUUGAUUUUUGGAGCCGGGAAUAGAACUGGGAGCUACUGGUUGUUAACUUCAGAUUUAGAAAUUUUCCUUUGAAUUUGUAGAUUCCUCUUCCAAACUUUGCUUGAAGGAUCUGAGCAAAGAGGUGACCACCGAACUAACUUCCAGACUUCUAGGUGACCCAACUGCGCUGGAUCGAUUCUAUCGAGCAUUUGGGCUCGAUAGUACGAAAUUCUAUUCCAGACGGGAACAGUGGAGCAUUAGAGAAUUGUUUCCUGAGACUCCAAUCAAGAUGUUAAAAGAGGUUUUUGAAGCCUUGAAGUUAUAUGACCUUGUAGAGUUGUUGGAGAGAGCGACAAAGCCACGCACACUUCAUCCUGCUCUUUCGCUAAAAGAAAUAGAGACUUUACAAGAUGCCAGUGAUCGCCCUACAAAAUUUUACAGUAAAGCAGAGGUUUUAAUCAUCCACGUCAAUGAAAAUGUUGCACGCAAUGAUGCUGAAAAAAUUGGUACUUUUUUUAAAGCUCUGAAUUCACAGACCCAGGUAACUUCAUUAAGUAUGGAGCCUCGAAAGAAACUUGUUGAUGAACUUUCUUGGUUGAGACGGGAAAUUCAAGCUGGGAUUGAGCAGGAGCGUAGCCUUGAUUUUCACAAAGGUACUCACAAUUUUCCAAAUUUUCCCUUCGCCCCCUCCCAAGUCCCGAAUCUGUGUCAUGAUUAAAGAGUAGGUUAGAUUACAAGCGUAGGCGUUUUUACUGUAUAUGAAAAUUGAAUGCCGUAAGUUAGAUGUAAGAUUCUUUGUCACCUCUUUGGGUACAUUGACUGAAGUCAAGAUUUAUUUGGUUUCAAUUGUGCUUGUCUAAGACAGUGGCGCGAAAUCUUUAAGCCAAUACCAAGGCACACAAAGAAAAGCAAAUUCUCCAAAAAGGUAUUGACGUGCAGUGAAAAACGUGGUAUACAGUCAUUAGCCUGUGUGUAGACACCCCCUCUUAAGGGGAGGGGAUGUUUGUACUCAGGCUAACAUGUACAAGUAUUUUAAAAAUGUUAUAAUAAUACGAAACCCACUUUUUACUUUGUAUUAUUUUUUACCUUACAAUGGUGUUACUUGAAAUGUUUAUGACGAUCGAUAUUGAUGAUCAUGAUGGUGAUGAUGAAGUAAUGAUCAGAUAGUAAUUCGAAACAUAGCAGUCAACAUUAUCAAGUUUCUACAUCAUACUUUUUCCAAGUCCCGAAUCUGUGUCACGAUUAAGAGUAGGUUAGAUUACAAGCGUAAGCGUUUUUACUAUAUAUGAAAUGCCGUAAGUUAGAUGUAAGAUUCUUUGUCACCUCUUUGCGUUCGUUGACUGAAGCACCUCAAUCGCUUAUAAAUUAAGUAAACAAGCUGUUGGGCGCAUUGUUUUUUACCAACAGAUGUAAUCGUCCCCUACUUUGUCUCAGGGCUUCCAAGUCAGGCCGAAGAGAAAACAAUGCGUUCCUGACUAUCCAGUCGCAACUUGCUCUCUGCCUACUAUUUUCCCACCUUUUCUAUAAAUCAAGAGCCAUGAUAAACAUAUUCGGUAUAAUAUAUAUAGAUUCGGUCUUAACCAAUGAAUCACGUCGCUGCUCUGGAAAUCGACGUUCGGGUGUGGAAAAAAAACGGUUUGUUGUUCAAGAAAAAAUAUAUUUAAAAGAAACAAACAAGGUUAAAUUAAUUGAAGCAAACUGUGUUUCCUAAAAUGAUUAUCUUUCAUUUAUUUGCAUUUCUAUUAUUAUUUACUUUUUUAUUUAUUGUCUUAUUAAUUUUUUUAAAUUUUUUUUAACCCUCGACUUUUUCAGAUACGAACGUGUUUACCGUGCAUACAAGUAUAGACGCCCCUCUUGAGGAGUCGGUACGUGUGCCGAAAAGAGUCAAGUUACGUGAUUUCUUUAGCGCACCAAGAUAUGUCUACUCUUCUGGGCACAAAACAGAAAGAGAGCUGGUAGAAGAAAGAGAGCAGAGGAUGAAAGAAAACGACACGAAAAUGAUGCAGAUAAAAGAAAAGCAGGAAGAGUUAAAGAUGAUAGAAGAGAAGUUUGUAAUGGCCGUUUCAACUGCUAUCGACAAGUGGGUAGAACAUGCAAAUGAUGAAGGUUGGUUGAUAUCCUUUGUUUAAUACUACAACUUUGAUGUACAUUUGUUCUCUUUCAUAUAUUGGUAUAUACUCCGUUUCAAUCUUGUAAACUUCAGUAUCAGAUUGGAAGCGGAUGUGAGGGGCUUUUUGGAGUCGGUAGGGAAGUCGAAUCUGUCAAAGGCGGAAGAGCUAUUAUAUGGCCGCUUAGUUUUACUUCGCUUACUCGGCUUAAGACAUUUAAACCCCUUUUAUUGUUGAAGUCAUUAAGCCUUGGACUUUUACUAUGAACGUUGCUGCAAACAUAAAACAGCUUUUCAUGUCCGAGAAGUUGUUGAGACUUUCAAGAAAAUCAGGCACCACCAAUAAUCCACAUUCUCCCUCUGUGGAUUAGGGGUUGCUGUCAGCUGUUUUGAAUAAGUCUUAAAGCUAGUUAAGAUGUGGAUUACAAACGUACGCAAAGGUUUGGAACUUGCACCCACAGUAAGCCAGUUCACAUGAAAGAAGUUUCACUUAAUAGUAUUUAGGGCAAGGCUAUGUUAACGGUCUCGAUUUCUCUUUUGUUUUCGAAAACGAAAGAGUUAAAAAAAUGAAUCAAAAGAAAACCCGCCUUGGAGAUAGCUGAUAGGUAUGGGAAACGACCGCUUGAUUUAAUACCGUUUCUGCUUUGCUGGAAGAUACAAUAGAAUUUCUGUACAGUUAGGCCCAUUACUAAGACGUGCAACGCCCACAGGCGGUUACAUUAAAGUUUUAAUUAAGAGCGAAUGCACAGAAAAAUCGAGCAAAAUCGGCAAAUCGUGGCCACAGCUCAAAACCUAACAU